CGCGCGAAGACGCGAAUCGACGCCUCGCGCAUCGAUCUCAUCCUUCGCAUCGCGCGUCGAACGCCGAGUCCGCACGCGCAGUUCCCUCGCGCGCGUUCCCGCGGCGUUCAGAGGCGACGGGAAUCUUCUCGCGCGAAGCAGAUUACGUCUAUCCACGCCUCGCCUCAUAAAGCGUACGCGUCGACGCCUCGGAGAGCGAACGUCAUGGCGUCCACGAGCGUCGCGAGCGCGCAGUCCGCUCGCGUAUCGGGCGUCUGCAGCGUCUCCGGUCGCGGAGACAUCGCGGUCGCGCGCGCGGCGUCGCGCGCGAGCCGCCGCGCGCCGUCUCCCGUCUCCGUCUCGGGCGCGGCGCUCCGCGGCCACAAAUCGAACCGCGGCGCGAGCGCGAACGACCGGCAUCGCGCGUCGCGCGCGCCGUCGAGCCGCGUCGUGACGCGAUCGAUCAUGGAACCGGAGACGACGUCCGCGUCGACGACGUUCGAGCGCUCGCCCGAGCAGGUGGUCGCGAGCAACGGCCGCGAGGUGGAGCAGUUCGCGCUCGAGUGCUGCGUGAAGCGUCAGACGAGCGGGGAGCGCGUGCCGAGGCCGCGCGUUCCCGAGAAGAUGCUCGACGACGCGUACGAGCGUUGCAACGAGGUCACGUCCGAGUACGCCAAGACGUUCUACCUCGGCACGAAGCUCAUGACCCCGGAGAAGCAGCGCGCGAUCUGGGCCAUCUACGUCUGGUGCCGCAGGACGGACGAGCUCGUGGACGGACCCAACGCGAGCCACAUCACCCCGGAGGCGCUGAAUCAGUGGGAAGCGCGUCUGGAGGCGGUUUUCGACGGGCGCCCCGCGGACGUGAUCGACGCCGCGCUGUGCGACACCGUGUCCAGGUUUCCGGUGGACAUCCAGCCGUUCCGCGACAUGGUGGACGGGAUGAGGAUGGACCUCGUGAAGCCGCGGUACGAGACGUUCGACGAGCUGUACGAGUACUGCUACCGCGUCGCGGGCACCGUCGGGCUGAUGUCCAUGCCCAUCAUGGGGUGCGACGAGAACUUCGAGGGCGACCUCAGGAAGGUGUACAAGGCUGCGCUGUCGCUCGGACUCGCGAACCAGCUCACGAACAUCCUGCGCGACGUCGGCGAGGACGUCAUCACGCGGAACAGGAUAUACAUCCCCCUGGAGGAGCUCCGACGGUUUGGCAUCGAAGAGAGCGAGGUGAUCAAGUGCUCGCUCGUGGACGCGGAGACGGGCGCGGUGGACCCGCGGUGGAAGGAGUUCAUGAAGUUCCAAAUCGCGCGCGCGCGAGAGGUGUUCGCGGAAGCGGAGGCGGGGGUGAACUGCCUCCACAAAGACGCGCGCUGGCCGGUGUGGUCCGCGCUGGACGUGUACCGGAACAUCCUCGACGCCAUCGAGGCGAACGAUUACGACAACUUCACGCAACGCGCGUACGUGCCCAAGUUGCAGAAGUUUUUGAUGCUUCCUGCGGCGUACAGCAAGGCGCAGCCCGCGAUGACGAUGUGAGCGACGCGGGCGGCGCGUCCGUCGGGAGAUGAGAGACGGAGGACGGGAGAGAGGAGAGAGGAGGCGGGACGAGAGGGCGACCGAGGGGCUGAGGGGCGCCCGUAUGAUAUUUUCGCUGCAAACUGCAUUCUGAACUAAAAACGAUCACAUCUUCGUCGCUUUGCGUCGCUUCAUGAUGCGCUCCGGCGGCGGCCGUCGCUUCGUCGGCGGCGGGCGUUCCCGCGGGUGCGGCGGCGGCGGCGGAGGCGCGUUCUUCGCCGCCUCUGCCUCGUCCUCGAUGCACUCCUUGCACGUCCACCGCCGCGGCGUGUUCUCCGAGUCUGAAAUCCCGACGCAUCGCGUGUGCAUCCACACCUCGCAGACGUCGCACGCGAUCAUCCGCUCGCCGUCGUCGUCGCACGUCCCGCACACACACCUUACGAUCCACUGGUCUAACCCGCCUUGGUACCGGAAAUCGGACUCUAAGUCCGCGCCGUCGCCGAGCACCUCGAGGGACGCGCCGGCAAUUUUCUUCGCGUUUAAACGCGCCUUCUCCUGCGUGGACUCGAACCCGAUGACGUGCCGCACCCUGUACUUCGCGAGGACGACGUACAGGUCCGAGAACACCUUGUUCACCGCGUUCUUCAAGUCGCACAGCAUCGGUUCGGGCGGUAGAAGGAUAACCUCCGGCGGCGGUUUCGUCUCGAUCCCGUACUUGAGCUUCUUCUUCUCUUUGAUGCUCAGGCCUGACACCUUCGGUCCUUUGUUCCGAGAGUCGAUCACCGCGGUGACCAUGACGCGGACGCCCUUCGAGACCAUCGGCGGGCGCCCGCUCUUCCCCGCGGUCGCGCUCGCCGGCGGCCUGAGCGCGAGCAUGUCCGACGUCGAGCAGUACGUCUUCACAAACUGCUUCGUGUCUAACAGCACCCUCGCGGCGUGGAUCAGAUCCGAGCCGUGGCACUUCUUGGGCUCCCCCGGCGCCGUACCUUUCAGCGGUCGUCCCGGGCGCGCCCUCGCGGGUUUGUACGACUCGAGCAGGUUCUUGUACACGACCUUGACGUCGUUCGAGAUCUUCUCCUUAGUGAGGAUGUCC